AUGAAGGGGACACUUCUUCUGCUGUCUUUGCUGGUGAUUGGAGAGCUGGGCUUCCAGACAAGUGAGACGGAAGCAUGCUUUCCUUUCUUUGGUCUCUAUUUUGGCAUUAUCUCUGGAUCCAAGCUGUGGUUGCAUCAUGAACUUUCCUAUUUCAAUCCUACUCCCGAGGAGACUGAAGCCUAUGAAAAAAUCCAGAACUGCUUCAAUGAGGCAGGAUCACUUGCCAAAUUGCGGGAUAUCAAAGUCAUGGCAACCUUGCUCUUCAGCUCAGAAUGCAAGACAUACUAUAGCGAGGAAGUGCUAACGAAAAUUAAGGCUCAAUUUACCCAAGCGUUGAAUGCAUUAGGAUAUGAUGGAGUUUUGGACAACUCAUCUUCGUAACAUGUCUGAUCCGAGCACCAUCUUGCUGUCCCAUCCUCUUUCU